UCAGUCACCACCUUUUUCUUCUUCUCAUCCAAAUCAAAAACAAACACACAUUGCUUCCCUCUCUUUCCAUUUAUUUGAUUUUCUCUCCAUUCCAUGCACUGUUUCCCACUUUCUUCUUCUUCUUCAUCCAGAUUCGAUCUUCUUCUUCUCCUCACAAACUCCAUACUUAUUGGGUUCUCCUGCAUUUUUCACUCCUGCUCUUCUCUAACCUUGAACUAAGACAUGUUCUUCGAAAUGGGUUUGUCGGGUUUGAAGUAGUUUAUGAGUUGUGUCCCCCCUUAAAUCGGGUUUGAGUUCAAUCCAAUCUUUUUUCUCUUCUUCUCGGAGAGAGAGAGAGAACUCCAAGUGUUUGACGAAUUGACUGAACGAAACAGAGAGCAAAUAGUAUGGAAGAGACAUUUGUGCCGUUUGAAGGAAUCAAAAAUGAUCUUAAAGGCAGACUAAUGUGCUAUAAGCAAGACUGGACCAGUGGAUUCAAAGCUGGCUUUAGGAUUCUGGCUCCCACCACUUACAUAUUCUUCGCCUCUGCCAUUCCUGUCAUCUCUUUCGGUGAACAACUCGAACGAAACACUGAUGGAGUUCUCACAGCUGUUCAGACCUUAGCAUCCACCGCCAUUUGCGGCAUCAUUCACUCUGUUAUCGGAGGUCAGCCACUUCUUAUACUCGGUGUUGCUGAGCCUACUGUCAUCAUGUACACCUUCAUGUUUAACUUCGCAAAGGCCAGACCUGAACUUGGACGAGACCUCUUCUUGGCCUGGUCUGGAUGGGUUUGUGUUUGGACUGCUUUGAUGCUGUUUGUGAUGGCUAUAUGUGGAGCUUGUUCCAUCAUCAAUAGGUUCACCCGUGUUGCUGGUGAACUGUUUGGACUACUUAUUGCUAUGCUCUUCAUGCAACAAGCCAUCAAAGGGCUAGUGGAUGAAUUUCGCAUUCCUGAACGGGAGAACCAAAAACUCAUGGAGUUCCUACCUUCCUGGAGGUUUGCUAAUGGGAUGUUCGCUCUGGUUCUCUCCUUUGGCCUUCUUCUAACUGGUCUGAAAAGCAGAAAAGCCAGAUCAUGGCGGUACGGUACUGGCUGGCUCAGAAGCUUAAUAGCUGACUAUGGUGUACCACUCAUGGUGCUAGUGUGGACCGGUGUCUCCUACAUUCCAGCAGGAGACGUUCCUAAAGGAAUCCCUCGGAGACUUCUUAGCCCAAAUCCUUGGUCCCCUGGUGCUUAUGGAAACUGGACCGUAGCAAAGGAGAUGCUUGAUGUUCCAGUCGUCUACAUUAUUGGAGCUUUCAUUCCAGCAUCGAUGAUUGCUGUGCUUUACUACUUUGAUCAUAGCGUAGCUUCACAGCUUGCUCAGCAGAAAGAAUUCAACUUGAGAAAACCUUCUUCUUACCACUAUGAUUUGCUUCUUCUUGGGUUUCUGACCUUGAUGUGUGGUUUACUUGGAGUCCCUCCAUCAAAUGGUGUUAUUCCUCAGUCUCCAAUGCAUACCAAAAGCUUAGCAACUCUUAAGUAUCAGUUGCUUCGUAACAGACUGGUUGCAACAGCACGAAAAAGCAUCAAAACGAAUGCUAGUUUGGGACAACUCUAUAACAAUAUGCAAGAAGCUUACCAUUACAUGCAGACACCAUUAGUAUACCAGCAACCUCAGGGAUUAAAAGAACUGAAAGAAUCCACAAUACAAACAACUACAUUCACCGGAAACCUCAACGCUCCAGUUGAUGAAACUCUGUUCGAUAUAGAGAAAGAGAUUGAUGAUUUGUUACCAGUUGAAGUCAAAGAGCAGCGUGUAAGCAACUUCCUUCAGUCCACAAUGGUAGGAGGAUGCGUUGCUGCUAUGCCUAUCCUUAAAAUGAUCCCAACCUCAGUCCUCUGGGGUUACUUCGCAUUCAUGGCUAUUGAGAGCUUACCUGGAAACCAAUUCUGGGAGAGAAUCUUACUUCUCUUCACCGCCCCAAGUCGUCGCUUCAAGGUUCUUGAAGAUUACCACGCAACGUUCGUUGAGACGGUUCCUUUCAAGACGAUUGCAAUGUUCACUAUUUUCCAAACGGUUUAUCUGUUAAUCUGCUUUGGCCUCACAUGGAUCCCAAUAGCAGGAGUCAUGUUCCCUUUAAUGAUCAUGUUCUUGAUUCCUGUAAGACAAUACAUCCUCCCUAGAUUCUUCAAAGGAGCUCAUCUUCAAGACUUGGACGCAGCAGAGUAUGAAGAAGCUCCAGCUUUACCCUUCAAUCUCGCAGCGGAAACGGAGAUUGGAUCGACAACUUCGUAUCCAGGAGACUCAGAGAUUCUUGAUGAGGUUAUUACACGAAGCAGAGGAGAGUUUAGACACACGAGUAGUCCUAAGGUCACAAGUUCAAGUUCAACUCCUGUCAAUAACAGGAGUUUGUCUCAUGUGUUUAGUCCACGAGUGGGUGAACUCAGGAAUGGUCAGAUGAGUCCUCGAGUCGUUGGUAAUAGUCCAAAGCCGGCUAGUUGUGGAAGGAGUCCCUUGAACCAGUCCUCGUCAAAGUGAGAUGAUAAUAUAUAUUCAGGAAGCUCAAUAAAACAAAACCACCCCAAUGAGGAUGAAUGUUUAAUUAGAUAAUUAAUUUGAUCUUUUGUUAUUAUAAGAAAGCAAAAGCUUCUUGAAUAAUCUCUCUUUAGUUUAUGUGUUGUAUGUGUUUGUAAUCCCCUUCCCUUGUGUGUUUUAUCUUUUGAGUUUUUGUAAAAUCUUUACUUAAUUUCGAAAGAUAUGUAACUGUGUGGCAAAUAUGUAUAAAGACUUCAAAUGUUAACGGUAAG